ACUCGCCUUCGCCUAGCAACCAAGGCUCAUAACCAAGAUGGCAGCCUCCUAUCCAUCGUGGAAGAAGUUUUCGAAGAGAAACUUUGUUGGUAUUGGAUGGAUGGCAAAUUAAACAGACUUAAAAUGAAUCUUAGAUUAAUGUACUAGCCUUGUAGUCUAAGGUGAAAAUGCAAUCUCGGGCGAGAUUACUGCUCGAAAAAGAGCUCUUUAAACUACAGAAACACAAAGUUUGGGGAAUUGAUACCAAACCAUUAAAUGAUGAUGACUUGUUUAUAUGGGAGGCUACCAUUAAAGGACCAAAAGACACGUUAUGGGAAGGAGGAAUAUUCAAGCUGUACCUUCAGUUUGACGAGGGCUUUAAUGACAUACCACCAAAAGUGUACUUCCAUACAAUACCCUUCCACCCAAAUGUUGACCCAGUGACUGGGAUCCCUUGCCUGGAUUUCCUGGACGACUAUGAUCAGUGGAAAGAGUAUUACUCCCUCAACUACAUCUUACUCAGUAUUCAGAUGAUGCUCUCAAAUCCUGUUCUCAAGGAUGCUGUGAAUGCUGAUGCGGCUCAAAUGUAUAGAUCAUCCCCUGGUGCCUACAGACAGCUGGUGCUAGAUAGCGUCUUGGCUAGUAAAAGAGUAGACGCUGGGUUACAACCACAUUUUACUGAUAAUGGAGACCUCACAAGAGCACAAAAACAACCUCAAAGCCUUGAAGAAGGUAGAAAACGUUCACAAAAAGUGGCAAAAGUAUCAUUUGAGGACUACUUCUCCAUGUGGAGUGGCAUGGCUACAACUAAGCCUGCCCCAAAAUCCAAGAACCCACUGAGUGAUAUUCUAAGAACAGACUCCAAGCUCCAAGCAGCACACUUUGGCUUGCAGCAACAUGAGCUGCAGGAGGAGAUAAGGAAACAGAUCACAGAGCACAAUGCGCUCAUGUAUGGCAAGUUCCAGGGCCCUAAAGGAGAAGACUUGGAUGAUCUUAAAGCCCAGAGAAUACAGUUAUUGAAGCAAGUGUAUCUUCCUAAGAACCCAGAUCGUUUGGUUGAUCAGUCGGCCGUCGCACCCUCCACACCCUCUAUAUCAGCAUCCAUGUCAGCAUCUGAUGCCGUGCGCGACAUCGAGCCGUCAGAUCACGAAGUAGAAGAACUUCUGGCUUGGUCUAGUAAUCUGAAGCUACACGAAGGCGCUUCUGCUGAGGCCUGAUGAUUGUAUACAAGGAUGGUGGAGGCAUAUGAAGGAGGAGGAAGAGGAUUGGGAAGCAGGGGUGAGGUUUAUGUCACCAGUUUCCAGGAGAACUUGAAGCAAUACUGUAGGAAGAUGAUAGAAGACCCACAGUGUAGCUCGCAUCACCUGGCUUAAAACAAUUGCAGAUGCUGUGCAAGAGAAGAUUCAAGUUAAUUAGUUGAAUUUGAAUAUUCCAUUGCUGUGGACCACAAGCCUCAACUCUGUAUAGAUCGCGAAGCAAAAAAUAAAAUAUUUUUCUUGGU